AUGAUUGCAAUUAUGUAAACCCCAAGUACUGUACCAUCAACUAGAUAAAGUAAAACACCUGGAGAAUACGAUCACUUCAGAAGAAUAUUAAAAACUAGAUAGAGAUUUCCAUCAAGUGCAGAUUGCAAAUUCAGGAAAUCUGUAAGCAGUCCAUUAAAAAAAUAAAGUGCUAACUAACCCACAGAGAAGCGAGCUCUUCUUACUUUGUAGGAUAGACCUAAAACUUAAACAGAUUUACCAGAGAGACCUCCUGAAUAUUACAACUUAUUCAACCUGCCAUAUAAAAACUACAAAUAUUAAAAGCCUCCUGGGUAAAUCAAUGUAGCAGAGUACCUUGAGGGAACAUAUAAAUUAGGGAAAACCAUAGGGAUAUGGGAUAAAAAUACAUUGCACAAAAAAUUAAAUGUGAACAAUCUUUAGAUUAAAAGAAGCAAUUAUACAUCGGAUCAUCUCAUAAAGGCAAGAAAGCCAUAAGGUCCAUCAAGUUGUUUGGAAACUAUUUACAUAGCUAAAUUGCAAUUAGACAAUGAGCAAACCUAGGAAGGACUAAUUAAAAUGAAGGCUAUGGAAGACAAUCUAAAAUAGGAUAUUCAAAGGUAUCUUGUUGAAGGAUCAUCGACUCAACUUUAAAUAAAAUUUCCAUCAUAAUCAUACAUUUUGAAUAGAUGGACUAGACAAUCAAUAGGUUAAGAGCCACCUCAAUGCUCAAAAUGUGAAUUGAUUCCUAAAUUCUCUUUUCAAAAAAACCAAGUUAGCAAUAGUGUAGAAUCACUGAGGAGAUCUAUGAUAUAAUUUCAAUCUCAGGAGACUUCUUCAUAAAUUACAGAAUUGCCACAGUCAAUGAAAUUUUAUAAAUUUGAUCCAAAAAUUAACUCAUUUUGGCAUCUCUACAAAACUAAAGGAAUGACUAUUGAAUCUCUGAAGGAUGGCUUUUAGAUCUUAAAGAAGCCAAUCAUAGGUGAUAGACUAUUAUUAAGUUUUGAUUUAACUCCUAUUAAUAAUGAGGAAAGGGUAUCAUACAAAUAAUUCUGCUAUUUUGUGAGAGUGUUCAUAUACAAGAAGGCCAGUUUAAAGGAGAGGAUAGACAGUGUGCUUAAUUUCUAUGAUCCAGAGCGAUAAUAAAGAGUGACAAACAGAGAGUUUUGUAAUAUCAAUAGGAUACUUUGUGAAUAGUUUAUGGAGAAACAUCCAACAGUGAAACCAAUCUAUCAAGAGCUAAUAUAAAAUUUUAAACUGUCGAAAGUAAUAAGUGAUGAAAAUGAUGCUUAUUUUGAUUAAAAAGCAUUUAAGCAUGUUUUCAUUUCGAAUUAGAUGCACAUCUAGGAUAUUAUAGAAUUGAUUAGUGAUGAGUGA